AUGGAUCAUAACUUCAGCGAUAUGAUCCUGCGCGAGAGCGCAUGGAGCGGCGGCGGCGUGGGUGCCGGCGACGGCGGGGCGGUCUUGCUGCCACCGGAGGUGGUGGGGAACGUCGUCGAAGGCGGCAGCGUCAUGACGGUGCUGGAGAGGUUGGUGCUCGACGAGGCGCUGGCAGCGGCGAUCCUGGAGCUGCAGGGCACCAUCGUCGUCCAGCAGGCGCCCCCCUGCGCCGGCAAGGCGGUACCGACGGCCGGUGGUGGCGUGGUUGGGGAGGCCGCUGUCGUCUUCCCCUCGAUGGCGAUGGCCACGCGGCCAACGCCCGCCUACGCGGACGUUGACGCGGAUGUCCUGCAGCGACAGCAGCAUCACCAUCGCCAUCAGGGCGCGAUGGGGAUGCCUCCCGACUACGACCUCACACCAGCAACACCUGCUGUCGCGGUAACUGCUGCUGUGCCGGCCGCGUUCACAGCCACCGCGGUUGACAGCGGAGGCAACAACAGCCUCGUCGUCGGACGAUCGCCGCCGGUCUUCUCCGCCAGCAACGAGACCACAGCAACGGCGGGGGCCGUGACCGCGACGACGAGCCUCAGUUGUGAACAAGGAGGCGGAGGCGGUACCGGUGGUGGCAAAAGGCAACGCCGGCCCAACAGGAAGAGGAAGGCGGCCGCCGAGCGGUCACCUGUGGCCGCGGCGGCGGCACAGGAGAGGACCCUGUGCAGCCUCCUUGCGUCCACCACCACCGCGGGCGAAGGCGGCUUCCAGAUCGCCUUCAGCACGAGCGCCGCCAAGAGAUCAGCGAAGCCGUCGUCGCUGAGCAGCAGCGGCUCGUCGAGCAUCAGCUUCGACGGCCGGAACAACCCCGCGGGCAACGGCGGCGUCGACGACCCCAUGUACGAGCCGGACACGGAAGCGCUGGCGCAGGUGAAGGAGAUGAUCUACCGCGCGGCCGCGAUGCGCCCGGUCUCCCUCGGCUCCGAGGACGCUGGCGAGCGCCCGCGCCGCCGCAACGUGCGCAUCUCGUCCGACCCACAGACGGUGGCGGCGCGGCAGCGGCGGGAGCGCAUCAGCGAGCGCCUCCGCGUGCUGCAGAAGCUCGUCCCGGGCGGCGCCAAGAUGGACACCGCCUCCAUGCUGGACGAGGCCGCCAACUACCUCCGCUUCCUCAAGUCACAGGUCCGGGAGCUGCAAACCCUAGACCGCCGGAACUACGGUGCCACUGCGAAUAAUGCCAACGACGCCACCGCCACCAUGGCUGCUGGGUCACUGAUGAGCUACAACAAUGGCAACGGUUCCAUGCCGGCCUUCGCCUUCCCGGCAGCAGGCGAAACCCUACGAGGAGCAGCAGGAGGAGGUGUUGAUCGACCAGCUGAUUUAGUCAUUUAG